GAGCGCAGCAGCUUUUACGACUUCAGAAAAGGAAGGAUUAUCGUUAUUGAGGGUUUUAAUCGAGGUUUAUCAUCAUACUUGGCAGACCUGGUCAGUGCCAAUGAAUCUCCAUUGGAGCUUAUGGAGUUCUCCAAUGGAUUCAGGUGACGGCUGGUCUUCGUAGGCAUGACGUGAAUGUCAAGAACAAAUAUUUCAAGAACAUUAAAGAAUAUCUAGGCUUCUGUAAAUUAUUCUUUGGGGUAGUACUGAUCAAAGAUGACACCAAAGAGGCCUCGUCUAUAUACUUUAUUCUCCUGGAACGACAACAACCGACCCAGAAGAUCCAGAAGAACAUUAACGACAUAUCCUUUCCAUGAUGAAUCUUUGAGCUUAAAUUCAUCAUCAAUGGCUGAAGAACACAUGACUCUUUGUUUAUCUUUAGCAGAGAAGCUCAAUAGGCGAGGCCUGGUUUCUGCUGCACAGGGAGUCUUGGAGCGCAUCAUCAAGAAUUCGAUGUCGAAGCAACCUGUAAUUGACGCUAUUGACUUCGCGGUUUUGCGUGAAUUGCAGUUUAAUGUACAGUGCUAUAGCUUGAUUCUGCAGAAGUUCCUGUGUUUCGGUCAGCCUCAACUAGCUGCAGAGUUUUUCAUUGAUAAAAUCACAAGUAGAGGUAUUGUUCCCACCUCAUCAAUGCUAAACUCGGUGAUUAUAUGUUACUGUAGGAUAGGAGAAUUAGGGGAAGCGAUUAUACAUUUUGACCAACUCAUUCGGAUGGGUUAUUUCCCUGACAAGGAAGCUAGCAGUUUGUUGCUUCGGGAGCUCUGUAUACAGGGAAGAUUACCAGAGGCAUUUGAUCUUUAUGUCCAAAUGUUUCGGUCUGGAGAACAUCCCUUCGUUUGGUGCUAUAAUCUUCUGAUUGAUGGGUUGUGCUUUAAGGGAAACUUAGAUGAAGCCCUCCAAGUAUUCUACUUAAUGCUCCAGUCAGGAACUCGUCCCACAGCUCGUUUGUACAAAUCAUUGCUGUAUGCUUUCUGUAAGAGUGGUCAAGUUGAGAAGGCGGAGUUCCUAUUGAGAGAAAUGAUAUUGCAGGGCCUCCGUCCAGAUCGUCUGAUGUACACUUCUCUUAUUUAUGAUUAUUGCAAAAAAGGGGAUAUUGAAAUGGCUAGGAGUCUUUUUCGAAGAAUGCAGGGCACAGGCUGUGAACCUGAUAUUUAUGCUUACAACACAUUAAUUUAUGGACUUGUUAAUUUAGGUGAUGUUGAUUCUGCAUGGAUGCUCUAUGAACAGUUGAAGGGUAAUGGAUUGCAACCCAAUGUGAUAACAUACGGCAUUUUGAUUAAUGGAUACUGUAAGGAUCGGAAUCUAGAUUGUGCGAUGACCCUUUUUGACCACAUGCGUGUAGCCCCCAAUGUGCAUUGCUAUACAUGCUUAAUCUCUGCCUUAUGUAAGGAGGAGCGGUUUGCAAAUGCAUAUAAAUUGUUUAAUAGGAUGCUGGAUAGUGGCAUCACUCCUGAUCAUGUGCUGUUAUUGUCUUUAACCAAGAGCUACUCAAAAAGCCGUGAACUUCUUCUGGCUUUCAUGAUUUUGAAAACAAUGGCUAAGAAUAGUUGUGAUAUAGAUAUUGAUCUGUUUUCAAACUCUUCUACAUCUGGUCCAAGCAAGGAUAUGGAGCAUAAUCUUGAGCUUAUAUUUAAUGGGAUAUUGACGAGCAGUAUGUUGCCUUCCAAUAUGGCUUGUGACAUUCUCAUAAUUGCCUUGUGUGCACGGGGGAAAACUGAUUGUGCAUUGUCUUUAAUGGGUAAGAUGCUCAGUUAUGGAUGCAAGCCUUUGCUUUCUACUUACAAUUCCUUGAUCAAAUGUCUUUUCCAGGAGGGCUGGGUUGAGGGUGUGAAGUCCCUCGUAAGCCUCAUGCAAGAUCAGGGUGUAUCUCCUAACCUAGCUACUUAUUUGAUUAUGGUGAAUGAAUACUGCAAGUGUGAAGAUUUGGUGUCCGCCUUUGAGCUCUUGAAGCAAAUGGAUGAGAGGGGACUGACUCCUAGCGUUGCUAUUUAUGACUCAAUUAUAGGUUUUUUGUGCAAAGAGAAAAGAUUGGUGGAGGCUGAGACUGUCUUCAUGAAAAUGCUUGAUGCUGGUGUGGUUCCAGAUGAACCUGUCUUUUGCAAAAUGAUUAAUGGCUACUCCAAGAUUGGAAGAGCAAUUGAUGCUUGUCACUGGUUUGAUGGAAUGAUAAUAGAGUUUGGCAUUCAACCUAGUUCUCAUUCUUAUACUGCACUAAUAAAUGGACUUAUAAAAAAAAAGAUGACUGAGAAGGGAUGUCUAUAUCUUGAUAAAAUGUUAGGAGAUGGUUUUGUGCCAGAUACAGUGCUUUACACUGCUCUAAUCAACCAGUUCUGCAGAAAAGGAGAUGUUGGCUUUGCUCUUAGCUUAUUCAAUCUCAUGAAAAGGAACAAUAUUAAACCUGAUCUGGUCACAUAUAUAUCAUUGAUCUGUGGUAUUUGCAGAAACAGCUCAUUUAGGAGUAGAAGAUACUGUGUUCUAGAUAGAAGGUUCCAAAUAUCGAAGGAUAGGCUGUACUGUUUGCUUAAUCAGAAAACCCAAUUGCCAAGAGAUUCUUGCAAUUCCUUUGACGAUAUAAAUUAUGUAGCAUUACUAAUACAAGAAAUGAAAGCUAUUGGACUAGUUCCCAAUUUGUACCACCAUAAUGGCAUCAUAACAGGUCUUUGUCGGGCAGGUAGCAUGCAAGAUGCAUAUGAACACCUUGAGUUUAUGCAGAAAUAUGGUGUGAGACCCAAUCAGGUGACGUACACCAUUUUAAUUGAUGGAAAUAUCAGAGCUGGUCGAAUGGAUCAUGCUAUAAAAUUAUUCAACAUGAUGAAUGCAGAUGGUUUGGUUCCAGAUAAGGUCUCAUAUAACAUGAUGAUUAAAGGUUUCUGUAGGGCAGGAAGAGUACUUGAUGCUUUAGCACUAUCUUUUUCAAUGCGUAAGAGGGGCUUUGUACCAAGACAUUUCUUUAAUGGGAAUCUAGUAUACCAUCUUUGUCUCAGUAGUUUGAGCAAUUUUGCCUUCAAAGUGUUUGAGGAAAUGUGUAUCCAUGGCUACGUACCUCCCUGUUUUACUUGUAACUUGUUGCUUUGUGUUCUAUACGAAGAGGACAAACUGCAUGAAGCUUAUAAGGUGUUUGAUGUGAUGCGUAAAAGAGGGAGAAAUAUAGAUGAAAGAUUAUGGAGACAGUUUGUUGAAACAUGUUAUAGGCGAGGGGAGUCUGACUUGGCUACCAUGAUUGAGGAAAUUGCUCACGGAGAUGAGUGCUAAUUUAUCAUAGACGGUGCAGGACUUCCGCAAGGAUUGGUGUAAUGCAUUUCCAUUGGGGGAAUGCCAAAAACAGGGAGGUAGCUCAUUACAACUGGGUUUGUAUCGAAGUGUUCAACCUGUCGCGGAUCUUCUCAACUUAGAUGGGUCAAUACAACUUGGAAUUCAUAAAGCUUUCUAGAUUGCAAGAGCAGUUACAAGAUGAGAGAGAUCGUAGAGCUGAAUUGGAGGUUUGUUUGAGCAGUCUUCUGGACAACUUUCUAGGUCAUGUGGUAUAAAUUCCAAGACGAGGGGUGGAGCUGGUGGAGAUUGCUCUUGCUGACACAGAUGUUGCCUUGUUGAAGCAGAAAGUUGCAGAACUGCAUCUUCAACUGAACCAGCAACGCCAGCGCCACUUUGGGUCCCUCUCUGAUGCAUGCGACGCUAUCAACAUGUCCAAAAUCUUCAUUCACAACAUUAAGAAGCAUUAUUUCUUGUUAUCUGUAUUUUUUAAUGGACUGAUAUUUUCAAGUUCAAACCUGUUCAGUAUCGUAUGCUGUUCUACAAUCAGACUGAAUUCCGUAGGUCUCUAGAUUGCAUGAGCAGUUACAAGCUGAGAGAGAUCUAAGAGCUGCAUGGAGGUUUGUUUGAGCAUGUCUUCUUGACAGCUUUGUUGCUCACGUGGUAUGAAUUCCAAGAUGAGGGCGGAGCUGGAGGAGAUUGCUCUUGCUGAAGCAGAUGUUGCUAGGCUGAAGCAGAAAGUUGCCGAACUGCACCUUCAACUAAACCAGCAACGCCAGCAUCACUUUGGGCCCCUCUCUGAUGCAUGCGACUGCUAUCAACAUGUCCAAAAUCUUCAUUCACAACAGUUCUUAUUUCUUGUUAUCUAUAUUUGUUAAUGGACAUAUUUUGCGAUCACUUUCUGUUAUAGGAUUUUGAUCCCAAUUGCAUUUAUGGAAUUCCUGUUUUCAUUUGUUAUGAAAUGUGCUUUCCAUGACACUGGGAUUGUAAGGGUAUUACUUAUUGACUGAAAUAAUUAGGUAACUAUUUGUAUAGUUUGGCUUGUUCUUUCCCCUUCUUUGUAUGAAUUAGUGUUCUCCUUUAUCUUGUAGUUCACCAUGUAAAUUUUGAAUUGAGAAAAACUAGCUCAGAUUGCAUCUAAUACUGCAUUUGUUUUUUUCCCUCAACCUGCAUUUGGGAUAGUAAAGGGUGUACCCGUUGCACGAGGCUCCUGCAUGUGAAAUUGAGAGUUUAACCUUAACCUCGCAUUUAAAUGAAUUUUUCCUUUAGGAUCUGGAGUUCCAGUAUUGAGAUUUGGAUGAAAAUCUGAAAUGCAUGCUUGACCAUUUGCCAACGUAUUUGAUAAACAUGCUUGUUUUUGUAUUCUAAUCAGCAUAGUGCAGAAUGUGAGCAUAAUAUUUUUCUCAUGGAACUGCAUGAUAUGCUUGUUUGUACCUGCUGACUUUUCUCCCUCCCCACCCCACCCCAAAAAAACAAAACACACACACACACACACGUUUACCUUGCACAUUUGAUGCCUGCAGGAAGUUUCUUCAACAAGAUUUUGGCAUGAGCCUUGCUUUUUGUUAAUCAUGAAAGGAAACAAAAACAUGAGGCAAGUCACUUUAAAAUUAUUUUCUUACUUGUGGCUCACUUGUAUUUCUAUUGCUUUUAAAAAUUGGAAGAUGCUGGACCUCCUUUCAUCCCCCUAAAAAGGAAUAAAUUAUAUAUAUAAAAAAAAAAAAAAAAAGGGAACUGGAAGACGCCUGUGUUUUACUUAGUGCACUUAUCAAUAUGGUAAAAUGAAUUUGGGUUUCUUACUCACGGCCUGAGGGGCUUGUCUGGCUUUUGUGUAUCUAUGCAAACUUCAGAUUUUUUUCGUUCCGCUAUGUUUGAUGGGUUUUGGUACCUGUGUUAGGUGCUUGUUAAGUGUCCUACCUGUGUGACAGUUAAAUCUUAGAAUAAAGGGUGUGAGGUGAUAAGGAUCUCCCAUCUUGAUUUGAAGACAUCAUGUAUAGCCAUUAUAUUUUCAACUGAGGAAGUUACUAAUCUACAUUCUUUCAUUUCUUAUAUGCAGAAAAUGAAAUCGUUUAAUGGGAAGAAAAAAGAUUACACAAUUGUGAAGCAGCGGCGACGACGUGACAUAAAGAACCCCAGAUGUAAUAGUAUACUGGAAGUUAAAAUGUGCAAGGGUAGUUUGGUAGUCCAGGUAUCAAUGAGGUGGUGAUUAAAGGGCUCACUAUUGCUGUUUUUAAUUAUCAUAUUAUCGAAAGUUAACUAAACAUGCUGGGAGAUGGUGCGGAGAAUCUGCUCUUUAGCUGAAGCAAUUAUUUGUCUUACCUGAAAUGUCAUUCUUGAUAUAUAUAUAUAUAUAUAUAUAUACAGGAGAGCCCAUCGAGUGCAGAUUGGAGGAACAUCAAGGGUCAAGUAUUGCCAUCUGCUAGUUGCAGGCACUUUUUACGGAAGCAGUGUAUGGAUUUAUUGGCCCAAACCCUCUGCUUCCAUCACAGAUCUCAGAAAACCUCCCAUUUAGGUCGCCAUCAAAAUAUGUCAAAGCGGGUCAUUCUUCAAAACGGGUCAAGAAUUCGAGACAAACUAAACAGAAUAUCAGAGGCAUCCAUACGCAGCAUCUUCAGCUUUGGUGGAAUUGACAACACAUCUUGACUUUUUCAAGGACUGAUGCUCCCAGCUCAUAGAACAGCUUCACAACCUUGAUUUGGGUAUGAGACAGGCUAUUCACAUAGCUUGGCAUACAAACCAUCCUCUCCAUGGCUAGUCCUAGAUGAUACAGUAUCAGUGAGACUAGAGUUUCUUCUCGCCUUUGCAUAUUCUUGAUACUAUUGCUUAUGUAUCUGUUGUAAUCUGCUUUCUUCUCUUGUAUUCCCCCUUUUUUUUUCUUCCCACUGCUGACAAUGUCUUUUGGAGUGCCAUGCUGGGUAAUAUUUUGGUUAUUUUUCCUUUCCUGUGUUUUCCACCUCAGAAUUUAUCUAAGCGUAAGAAGUCUUCCCUCCUUGUAUCAUUGUUGCUUGGGGGUAAUUUUAUAUACUUUUUUGAGUACUGUGAUUCAACAAACAGGAUUGUUGGAGCA